UCAGUGACUGGCGACUGAAUAAAAAAAGUUUGGUUAAUUAAUUGGGGCCUGUGAUGUAUAAUCGUGACGUCGUUGUCUCUGCAUCAGUGCAGUUUGUUGAAUGAAGUAGCAGCAGUGAAAAUAUAUUGGUCAUGUUGGUUGUAAAAUAUUUGAAUCAAUUGUGAGUAAUCAACGUGUUUGUGUACAAACACGCGUGAUCAGAUUAUUGCCGUUGUCGGUGGUGAACGUGCACAGUGAACUAGCCGUUCAGUGAGCGCAAAUUUUUUUAUAACAAUAAACUACUAUCAAAAACAAUUUAUUAAAUUAUAGCAUAAGAGAGUAAUACUUAGCGCGCGUACUGUGUCGCACAUAUUUUUGCCUUCAACUCCCACGACAUGUAAAACCAUUUACUGGACCAACACAUUCGACCAUAUCAAAGGUUCGCAUCGCAUGAUGAGAUAGAGCUCUCAAACGACGUGAAUUCAUGUUUACAAACUAGUUCGUUUUCACUGCUGGCUUGGAAAAGCAAAAAACGCACGGUUGGGCAUCACAUCAUCCAAACCAACACUUCAAGCUAUUUUUUCCUCAUUAUUCGAGGUGGUUUUAGAACUUUGAAUAUUAGUGCAAAAAAAAUGAUUUUGUUUUCAAUUGACAUAGUCGUGUGAUUUUACAUGAAGACUGACUAAAACGUUUUAAGAAUGAGUAUGUUACUGCGAAAAGAGCUGGAAUCAUUGGAGCUCACGUAUCCCAAUGAAACUAGUGCUGCGUUGAAUACAACUGAGACGAAUACUACGUUUGGAUCGAGCAAACGCAACUUGCCAUCACCUAGUGAAGAAGUCAUACUGCGCUACGAUGAGAAAAAGGAAAAGCUCUUUAUGCGACCGGGCACCAUCGACAAAGAACCAGACUCAAUGGAUACCAUAAUCAGUAAUCCUUCGUCUUUUCCAAUCACAGUUUUGCCACCUGUAUCAGCUGGUGGUGCUGGGGUGCUCAUACGAAAUUCAACUCAAACGUCUUUCGGUCGGUUAAGUCGAAUUAGCACCAAUUCAAAAAGCCGAAAUUACCGACCGGGAAGCUACAGAAAAAUUAGACGCCGGGCGGUGUUGAAAAAUGGUGAUUGUAAUGUAUUACAAAAGAAAAUUUCGCGACGGAGAAUACGAUUUUUGCAAGAUAUUUUCACCACACUCGUCGAUUCGCAAUGGCGAUGGACUCUGAUUGUGUUCGCCCUUAGUUUUGUUCUUUCUUGGCUUUUCUUUGCAAUGAUUUGGUGGCUCAUUGCUGUCACACACGGAGAUUUAGAGGAAAUGCAUCUGCCACCGGAACAAGCUAAAAAUGAAUGGGUGCCUUGUGUUUUCAACAUAUACAGUUUUGCGUCAUGUUUCCUAUUUUCCAUUGAGACACAGCACACCAUCGGAUAUGGUGUGCGCACGACAACCGAAGAAUGCCCGGAAGCAAUAUUUGUGAUGUGUUUCCAAUCAAUUUACGGUGUUUUUGUGCAGGCAUUUAUGGUCGGAAUCGUUUUUGCAAAGAUGACGCGUCCCAAACAGCGAACGCAAACCCUGCUCUUUUCAAAGUACGCGGUAGUGUGUCAACGGGAUGGCUAUUUAACGUUAAUGUUCCGUGUUGGUGAUAUUCGAAAGAGUCAUAUAAUUGGUGCAAAUAUUCGUGCACAACUGAUUCGCACAUAUGCGACGAAAGAAGGUGAAUUAAAUCCACAGUAUGUGACUGAAUUGGAAAUCGGAACCGACGGCUGUGCAUCAGACUUAUUCUUCAUUUGGCCCAUGGUUGUGGUGCAUCGAAUCGAUGAAUCAUCACCAUUUUACAACAUGUCUGCGGCGGAUAUGUUGCAAGAGAAAUUCGAAAUUGUUGUCAUUUUGGAGGGAACGAUUGAAUCAACGGGCCAAACCACUCAAGCUCGUUCAAGCUACUUGAAUAUGGAAAUUUUAUGGGGACAUCGCUUUUUGUCAGUUGUUAGCUACAACAACGAACGCCAAGGAUACGAUAUUGAUUAUUCGAAAUUCAAUGAAACCAUUCCAGUCGAUACGCCACUCUGCAGUGGACGUGAGCUAGCCGAGUUUUAUAAAAUGCAAGAAGAAAUACAAACACCCAAAUCGUGCCACUCGCUUCCUUCUUCUUAUAAAUUGUUGACGCCAACCAGAGAAUGUGCCAGUGAAAUGUUUAUCAAUUGUGUCCGACCAAAAACGUUAUCGCUAUUUCCAGAUAAUCGAAAUUGGGAACAGUACCCAAGCUCCGAAUCAAAUUUACCGAGGCAUCGACGUGACCUAGUUAAUGAGCCCGAUCAUAAACUCUGAACAAAAUGGAAUUCGUUGCAAUAUUGAUUUAGUUGUUAAAGUUUUAGAAAUACAAAUGAUUGUUUUUCCUCGUUUGAAA